AUGGUCAACGAAGAUGUGAGGAAAACAUUUCGGCUACGAUCUGCGGUAACAAAUUUCAUCCGACGCUACCUCCAGGAAAGGGGCUUCCUGGAAGUGGAAACUCCCAUGAUGAAUACAAUUGCAGGCGGGGCUUCUGCCAAGCCUUUCAUCACCAAACACAAUGAAUUAGAUAUGGACCUGUAUAUGCGAAUUGCACCGGAGCUUUACUUGAAGAUGCUAGUCAUCGGUGGUCUUGACCGCGUGUUUGAGAUCGGCCGCAACUUUCGCAAUGAGGGCAUCGAUCUGACUCACAACCCAGAGUUUACAACGUGCGAAUUUUACAUGGCAUACGCAGACUAUGAGCAGAUGAUGAACAUCACGGAGGAACUGAUAAGCAGUAUGGUCUUGGACCUCACUGGCGGCUAUGUGAUCCAGUAUCAUCCUCAUGGACCCGACAAGGAUGCAGUCGAAAUCGACUUCACGCCUCCUUGGCCACGAGUCUCCAUGGUCGAAGAGAUAGAGAAGCAGACUGGCAAAGCUCUGCCACGGAGUUUUGAAGCGGACUCUGCUCGUGAGGUGCUGGACGAUCUGGUGAAAUCUCUGAAGCUUGAGUGCCCUCCUCCAAGGACUGCUCCUCGCCUUCUGGACAAGCUUUGCGGGCAUUUCAUUGAAGACCGCAUUGUGAACCCUACCUUCAUCACUGAGCAUCCUCAGGUGAUGAGCCCACUGGCCAAAUGGCACCGCAGCAAGGAAGGCCUCACAGAGCGCUUCGAGAUGUUCGUGAUGGGCAAGGAACUUUGCAAUGCAUACACAGAGCUUAAUGACCCGGAGAAGCAGCUGGCAUGUUUCCAGGAGCAAGCGUUGGCCAAGAGCCAAGGCGAUGAGGAAGCGCAGACUGUGGAUGAAGGCUUUGUCACCGCUUUGGAGCAUGGGCUGCCACCAACUGGUGGCUGUGGCUGCGGCAUCGACCGCUUAGUGAUGCUCUUGGCGGACAAGAACAACAUCAAAGAAGUAAUCCUUUUUCCAGCCAUGAAACCUCAACCGAUCGAUUGA